GGGUCACGGAGCGUGACAUGUGUAGUCCCCUUUUGCGCUUCAAACUGUAAUAAGUCUUCAUGCUACAGCUUGAGUAUUUGAGUCUAUCAUUCCCUAUCAAAUUGUCUUUUAUUCCCCUCGUCUAUGAGUUGGAUUUUGUUCAGAUUCGCGUCGAAGUCGCAAAAGUCAACGGCGCUAUUGUACCUCGUCAGGAACCCCCUUACCAUCCAUCCCUAGAUGAAAACCUAACCUCCAACCCCAUCCUAGCUUCAUUUGUUUUUUUUUUGUCUUUAGUAUACCCCCAGUCCUCCUACAGCCACAAUGCUUUCCCCCGGCCCCAUCACAACCCCAUUAACCACCCUCCUGGGCAUCCAGCACCCCAUCCUGCUAGCCGGCAUGGCGCGCACGUCGGGCGGGCCCCUGGCCGCAGCCGUGUCCAACGCCGGCGGGCUCGGCGUGAUCGGGGGGUUCAUGUACACCCCCGACCAGCUCCGCGACAUCAUCGCCGAGCUCAAGGCCAACCUGCGCGACCCGGGCCUGCCCUUCGGCGUCGACCUGGCCCUGCCGCAGCUCGGCGGCUCCGCGCGCAGGACCAACCACGACUACACGGGCGGCAAGCUCGACGAGCUGAUCGACAUCACCAUUGCGUCCGGCGCGAAGCUGUUUGUAAGCGCCGUGGGCGUGCCCCCCAGGGAAACCAUCGACCGCCUGCACGCUGCCGGGAUCCUGGUCAUGAACAUGGUCGGCCACCCAAAGCAUGCCGUCAAAGCGCUCGACCUCGGCGUUGACAUGGUAUGUGCCCAGGGCGGCGAGGGCGGGGGUCAUACGGGUGACAUUGCAAGCAGCGUGCUGAUCCCCGCCGUGGUGGACGUUGCGCGGCGGUACAGGCCGCCGUUGCUGCGGGGCCAGACGGCGCUGGUGGUGGCGGCGGGCGGCAUCUGCAACGGGCGCGGGCUGGCAGCGUCGCUGAUGCAGGGCGCGGCGGGCGUGUGGGUGGGCACGCGCUUCGUGGCGAGCGUCGAGGCCGGGUGCAGCGCGCAGCAUAAGGAAGCUGUGGUCGAGUGCGGUUUUGAGGAUACUGAGAGGACGUUGGUGCUGAGCGGGCGGCCGUUGAGGAUGAAGACAAACGAUUACAUCCGCAGGUGGCACGCCCAGCCGGACAGGAUUCAGGAACUGUGCAGUAAAGGGGUCGUGCCCAUCGAGCACGACUUGGAGGAGGGGAACGAGAUUGAUGUGCCGCAUCUUAUGGGCCAGGUGGCGGGCGCUAUCACGAAAGUGCAGCCCGCAGGGGAGAUUGUCGCAGAGAUGGUGGUCGAGGCGGUAGACAUGUUGAGGCUGGGAACAUCGUAUCUGAAUGAAAACAAGGGGAGCAAGUUGUGACGGGUGAACAAUAUCUGUGCCUGUUUCCUCAACGCCCAUCUAAGGCCAACCAUGUCCAUAUUCGGUCCGUACAAACUUGACUCUCGCUUCACAAUUUCCUAGCAGGCCAAUCCAAUUUCCAGCAUCGAGGU